ACACACACUUUAAGACCAGUCUGUGAGGUAGCCAUGCAAACUGGUUGAUUCCCAGCCCACAUACUUUAUCUUCAAUCAAUCAACAGACCUUAGUCAUCUGCAAGUGCUUCCACAUGAUGGACUCCUUUCCCCCAAUGCCUUCUUUUCGAACCCUUUGUGACCCUAUCUGACCCUACUGUUUUCUUUUUUUAAACCUACCUUGCAGUUUGUGCCAGUACGGCAACUGCUUUGCUAUCCUGCACAGAAAUGAAUAACAUCAUUACCUCUGCUACCCCCACCACCACCCACAUCUGAAAAUGUGAUUUUUCCCCUUACUUAAGCAGAUACGACACAAGUCUGUGGAGUGAAUACAUUGACAUAUGGAGACAGACUGUGGCCUGCAAACAUACUGAUAAGCACAAAGCGAAGACUCUUCAGUCUACCGAGCUCUGUCUCACAUGGGAGGAUGGUCAUGCGAGCCAGGAAUGCGUCAGGGCCGAGUGCUGUCGUCAUCUGGCAAGGUGUGGUGAGGGGAGGACAGAAGUUUGGUGGAGAGUACGUGGUGGACAGGAAUUUCUUGCCCUUUUUGUUUUUCGGAUGAAAGAGCGCUGCUGACGUAUUGGUUAGUCACAUAUUCUGUGGGCUGCAUAGUAGCAAGGUGUAGUCCCCCACACACAGACAUACGCCUUCGAUUGUGACUCAUGUGCCCAUUGGUGAGGAGGUGUGUGUGUGUGUGUCAAAUCCGGAACACGGCACUCACGACAUCACUUAUUUUAAUAAGGGAGAGAGAGAGGUGCAGUUAAGGAGACCAAAAGAGAAAGCGGGUCUGAUUUGGUUGUCAUGGUUUCUUACUCACUUUCUAUUUCUUUCUCUCGUUCGCCCUCCCCCUCCUUUGGGUGUUUCUUUUCUCAGCCAGAGUUUAUUUUUAGCUGCCACACUAGUGUUGCUGUGCGGCGUGAGUGUGUGAGCCUGCAUGCGUGUGUUUCUCUGUGUGUGUGUGUGUGUGGGGGGGGGUGGGUGAGUGAGUAGGAGCAGGAACACCUCCCACUCACACACUGACGACACAGUUUGCGUGUGUGUGUACUGCUCACAUACUCUGCUCUCUGUGUCUACACUGGCCUCCAUUUUGAGAUGUGGGUGCCGUGAUCUUAACCCUGCACUUUUCACGACCCACAUGAGCUGCAGCUUCGGUGACAUGAGCAGACUUGAGACCUGGGAGUCAGCACUGGCUCUACGUUAGCCGUUUGUAACAGAGCUGCUCUUAAUAUUUGUCUGCGUGUUUCCUGGCAAGGCUGUCUAUGGGUGUGCAAAUACAACGGUUUGAUUUCAAAUAGGAUGUGUGUGUGUGUUUGCAACUGUGUGUUUGUGUGUGUGUAUGGUGUUCGCAUGGUGUUCGCGCGGCAAUGUUGAGCGGGAACACUUUGACACUCCCCAGAGGAGGAGUCUUGCUGCGGCAGAGCGCCGCUGUUCAGCUGAGGACAGGCUCUGAGGCUGGAGCGGGCAGGAAGGGGCCGUAGGAGGCUGGCUGGAGCCAGCGGUGGUGGUGUGGGGCUCGUGCAGGAGCUGCGCACAGCCGGAGGGAGGAGGAGGAGGAGGGCUGGACUUGGCCGGAGCUGGAAGAAAGGGGUUGGAUUUGGACUGAGGCACGCAGGAGGGGUCCUAGCCUGGCGCUCAACAGCAGCAGCAGCAGCAGCAGCAGCACCAGAAAGACAAGCACCAUGAUGCUGCGCACGAGAUCAUCGAGACCAUCAGGUGGGUCUGUGAGGAGAUCCCUGAUCUUAAGCUGGCCAUGGAGAACUAUGUUCUCAUUGACUACGACACCAAAAGCUUUGAGAGCAUGCAGAGAUUGUGCGACAAGUACAACCGGGCCAUCGACAGCAUCCACCAGCUGUGGAAAGGCACCACGCAGCCCAUGAAGCUAAACAAGCGGCCGUCGAACGGGCUGCUGCGGCACAUCCUGCAGCAGGUCUACAACCACUCCAUCACCGACCCCGAGAAGCUCAACAACUAUGAGCCCUUCUCGCCCGAAGUGUACGGCGAGACCUCGUUCGACCUGGUGGCGCAGAUCAUCGACGAGGUGGAGUUGAUGGAGGAAGACACCUUUGUGGACCUUGGCAGUGGUGUGGGCCAGGUAGUGCUACAGGUUGCCGCAGCGACCAACUGUAAACACUACUUUGGAGUGGAGAAAGCAGAGACCCCUGCCACUUACGGAGAGGCAAUGGAUAGGGAGUUUAGGAAGUGGAUGAAGUGGUAUGGGAAGAAGCAUGGAGAGUACACGCUAGAGAGGGGUGACUUCCUCUCAGAAGAGUGGAGAGAAAGGAUAGCCAACACAAGUGUUAUUUUUGUGAAUAACUUUGCCUUCGGUCCGGAGGUGGACCACCAGCUGAAGGAGCGCUUUGCGAACAUGAAGGAAGGUGGAAAAAUUGUAUCCUCAAAACCCUUUGCACCUCUCAACUUUAGAAUCAACAGUCGAAAUUUGAGUGACAUUGGCACGAUAAUGCGAGUGGUGGAGCUUUCCCCCCUAAGGGGCUCGGUGUCCUGGACUGGGAAGCCAGUUUCCUACUAUCUCCACACGAUAGACCGCACCAUACUUGAAAACUAUUUUUCUAGUCUCAAAAAUCCUAAACUCAGGGAAGAGCAGGAGGCGGCCAGGCGGCGCCAACAGAAGGACAAGGACAGCAAGAGCAACACCACCACCCCCACCAAGGCCCGGGAGCAGAAGCAGCAGCAGCAACAGCAGCAGCAGGACUCGUGCGGGGAGGACGAGGGGCCGGGGUUGCUGAACACCACCAAGCCCUCGCCCAAGCGCCGCUCACGCCUCAUCGCCAAGGGACGCAAGCUGGGCAACAAGAAGCGUGGCCGCCCCAAGAAGGCCCCCGGUGCGGCGUGUGCCACUGGUGGCGCUGUCCCCGGCGUGGCCACCACUCAGCGCAAAAACAAGAAGGCCCAGAGCGCCCUGGAGCUACUGCACGCCAAAACGCUGUCCGCCGUGCCAUCUCAGGAUGCAUUCCGGUCAUCUCAGAGCCCCUUCUACCAGCUACCUCCCAAAGUGCAGCACUACGCCUCCAGCCAGCUUCUGCAGGGGCCCACCCCACCGGCCCUCCAGCAGCUGCUGGAUAACUUCAAGGUUCAGUACCUGCAGUUUAUGGCCUACAUGAAGACUCCUCAGUACCGUACCAACCUGCAGCAGCUUCUGGAGCAGGAGAAGGUAAGGCAUAAUGAGCUGUCGGGUCAGGCGGAGCAGUUGCUGAAUGUGUGUCAGACUCAUAAAGAUAAGAUCAAAGGGCUCUUCCAUGCAAAAUUGGAUGAGCUGGGUGUGAAGGCUCUGACACUGGACGACCUGCUGCAGGCCCAGAAGGAGAUCUCUGCCCACAACCAGCAGCUGAAGGAGCAGACCCGGCAGCUGGAGCGAGAUAUGGCCAAGCUGAAGGACCAGAGCCUGCUACUGUUGAAGGCGCGCUGUGAGGAGCUGAAGCUGGACUGGGGAUCUCUGUGCAUGGAGAGCCUGCUGAAGGAGAAGCAGAACCUCCGCCGCCAGAUUUCUGAGAAACAGCGCCACUGCCUGGAGCUGCAGAUCAGCAUCGUGGAGCUGGAGAAGAGCCAGCGGCAGCAGGAGCUGCUUCAGCUGAAGUCCUACAGCUCGUGCGAUGGCUCGCCCUACCGCAAGAGCCUGCCUGGCCUGGACCAGAGGUCCUCCCUGGACUCCCACGAUGGCCACAAGCUGGGCCUGGGCUCUGCCACCGCCGCCCUGAACGGUAUGAGCCCGGAGCUGUCCAUGAACGGCACGGCCUCACCGUGUUUCGAGCGUGGCGCCAAGAACGAGCUCCUGGCGCGCUACUUGCCCAUCUCGCCCGACCACGAGCUUGUGCCCCCGACGCCUGACGGCCGACAGAGGCACCAGGGCCAGCCGCUGCCGGACUACACACGCUUCUCCCCGGCCAAGAUCGCCCUGCGCCGCCACCUGAACCAGGACUCCGGCCCACUGCGUGGCUUGACCACGCACAGGGGAGAUCUGAGUGCGGUCUCGUCUCCUCCAUUAGGAGUGAAACAGGGUAGCCCCUCCUCCUGCCUAGGGGAUCCCCAGCAUACCAGGGGCUCAGAGAGGACGGGGAAGGAGUCCAGGAGUCCAGCCGGAGGUGGAGACACCAUCACCUCUCUGCCUAUCAGCAUCCCCCUCAGCACGGUGCACCCAAACAAGCUGCCCGUCAGCAUCCCCCUGGCCAGCGUGGUGUUGCCCAGCCGAGCCGAGAGACUGAGGAGCACACCGAGUCCAGUGUCCCAGGGACGAGACCCCUCCGCCGGACAGACCAAUGGCAAGCAGCCUCUCACUCCUACCUCAGGGUAUUCAUCCAGCUCAGGGAUGGUGAAUGGUGGGCCACACUCAGCGCUGUUAUCUGACCAGGACCAGCCGCCGCACGCCAACCCCCUGCUGGCCCUGCAAGGUCGCAACUCCCCCAGUGCCACAGGAGGGGUGCUGCAGUACGCUGACGGCCCUCCCAGAAUCCUCCCUGAGGACGGUUGUGGCGCUGUAGGCGAGUCAGAGGGCGAGGGCCCGGACAGCGAGGCGGCACGCCGCAACUUCUUCUCCUCUUCCUCUUCCACUUCAUCAUCCUCAUCCUCCUCCUCACGCCUGCAUCACGGCUCGGCCAAGGCCGGCCAGCAUCACCAGAACAACAUCAACCAUCACCACUCGCCUGGCACGCAGGAGGGCCGCAAGCGGGGCCGCCGUAAACGCAGCUCCACCGGGGCACCAUCUGCAUCCACAUCCCCCAAGAGGAGGUCCUUCCCUGGGCUUGGCUCCACCGGACACCCCUCUGGUUCACCACUCAACAUCAAUUCAAUGGUGAACAACAUCAACCAGCCUCUGGAGAUCUCGGCCAUCUCUUCCCCAGAGCAGUCAGGCCGCAGCCCCUGUGGUGGAGACCUGGACCAGCCCCCUGUGCUGAAGAGGGAGCGCCCUCUGGAGCUCAAUGGCUCCAGCCGCUACCCCUCCACCCCCAGCUCCGAGGACGAGGACUCCGGCUACCCCGCAGACAGCUCCAGCUCCAGGAUUGAAAGGAAGAUUGCCACCAUUUCCUUGGAAAGUAGAGAUGGGAGAGGAGGGGAGGGUGAGAGAGGCUCUCUGGGCCGUAAAUCAGGGGGCAGCUGUGACGUCUCCUCUUCCUCGUCCACUUGCUCUUCCUCCUCCUCCUCCUCAUCGACCAGCAAGUGGAAGUCCACUUUCUCCCCCAUCUCCGACCCCAAGCCCACGGCCUCAGACCUCCGACAGGGCGGCUCCCCGUUCCGAGCGGGGGCGUCUGACGCGGAGAACAAGGCGAGCGCUGGCCAGCAGCAGCGGCCCGACUCCGGAGCGGCGAUGGGGGGCAGCCCCGGUCGCUGCCUCCCCUCCAACCUCUUCCUCAGUCAAGACCCCGGGGCCGGUCGGCAGGGGGGGCCCGCAGCAUGCGGCCUGCCCAAAGCCAAAUCCCGUGAGUGGGAGCGUGGCGUUGGGGUCAGCAGUGCCGGGGGAGGCCUGGUCAGCCAGAACCUCUUCAUCUCCGCCGCCACCAGCGGAGUCGGCAGCAUCCUGGCGGGCAAGAUGGGCGCGGCCGGAGUGGGCGUCACGUCCGGCGGAGGAGGAGGCAUGGGCGUCCCCGGGGCCCAGUACGUGGGCGCCCAGUUCCCCCUGGGCGGCGCCUCGGUGCUGCAGUCUCUGUUCGGCAGCCAGGCGGCUAUGCCCCCGGUCAGCGUGGCACCGCGACUGGUCAACGGCCACAGCAGCUUCUCCAGCGCUGGCCUGACGGGAGGGGCGGCCGGAGGUAUCUUUCACCACACGCUGCCAGCUUCAAGCUCCGCUGUUCCGUUUGGCUCCGUAGGCCUGGGCUCCCUGCUGAGCCUGUCCUCCUCCUCCACCUCCUCCUCCUCCAUCUCCUCCUCCCAGCCCCGGCAGCAGCUGCAGGCGCAGCAGCAGGACUCUUCCCAGGCCAAAGGAGGUGGCGCUGGCCCCGGCCUGGCCCUCCUCGCGCUGGCCCCCGCCUCGGUCUCGGCCCCCCUGCCGCUGCCCAGCCGGACGCAGUCCGUCCUACACACGCCCUCGGCCCUCGCGCUCUCCCUGCCCCCGCCGCCCCCUCUGCUCAAUGUCUCCUCUUCGUCCGCCGCCACGGCGCUGCUGCUGCAGCAGCAUCACCACCACAGGAUGCAUGUGUCCUCUGCUCCCUGUGUGUCUCUCUCCUCCUCCUCCUCCUCCUCUUCCUCCUCCUCUGCGUUAGUGUCUGCUGCUGCUGCCAAUGCUUCUGCCGCUCUGUCCUCCUCUGUCAUGUCCUCUUCCUCUUCCUCACGCUCCACCUUCACCAUGCACUACCCCCCGCACCUGGCCCCACUGCCUCCAGCGUCGGGCUCGGGCAGCUCCUGGAGGACUGUGGGGCUGCAGGCUCAGGCCUCGGCCAGCCGGCCCAGAUAGCAGCCGGCGGGUGGGGGGUGGGGAAAGGUGUGGGGAAGGAGGGAGGGAGGGAGGUAGAGGGAGGGAACAGAAAGGAAGAGAGGAGGGGCAGUGAGGGAGGGGGUCAGGGUGCUGACCCAGACGGUGUGUCUCUCCAAAAAAGGAACAUGAAGAAAACUACCUCAACCCAGCAGAAACCUAUGCAAAGCUCAGACGGACAGGUGUGGACCAAGCCAAUCCUGCCACCCCGCCGCUCGCCACUGCUCUGACCUUACCCUCACCGCUCCACUGAAACCCAACGCUGGCAUGGACAACACCACACACACACACACACACACACACACACGCACACACACAGGCACGGUCACUGUAAAGCAUACCGGCGAGAGGACAGAAAGGACUUGGCACAGUUGCGCGUGUGUGUGUGUGUCUCUGAGUGUGUGUGUGUGUCUCUGAGUGUGUGUGUGUGUGUGUGUGUGUGUGUGUCUCUCUGAGUGUGCGUGUGUGUGUUCAGACUUCUGACAGUGACUGUGCUGUGUAGCUGAAGUAGGCUCUGUGUGACCGCUGUGUCUGCUAGGUGAGCCGACACAGUUGUCGCGAACAACGAGAGCUCUCAGCGCUCCUCGACUCUCACCUCACCUCCCAUCCUCCCUCUGAUUCUUCCUUCAAAGACCUUUCUACUUGCUGUGCUGGUCCUCUGCACUCCUCUCAGCCGAUUGGUGUUUCUGUUAUCUUGUGUUGUACAGGAGUGGAGAGAAGGGAUUUAUGUGGAAGCAUAAAGAAGCUCACCCCUCCUUUCCUUUCUGUCUGUCCGUCUAUCUCUCUCUGUGGGUCUGUCUCUCGGUCUCACAACGGCCUCCCUAAGACCUAACACGCCCUUACAGCUGCAUUGGCUUAGUGUAAUGCUGCACUGAUGCAUACCAAUGGGUUUGUCCUCCGCUACAUAUGUCUCUUGACUUCCAGCAUACUCAGCCAGACACAGCACAGCCAGAUUCAACUUUAAGCUCACACAUACACACACACACACACACAACACACACUUGGAAUUCUUGUGAGAAGGGGAUUGUGUGUUUCAAAGGUGCUUUGUUUUCUGUGUUUUCCUGCGUGUCUCUGUGUCACACAUACAAAUGUUUUUCACAUGGUGCGUUUGGCUAGGGAAGAUGAAUUGUGGGAAUUCUCAGACAGACUAAAUUCAGCUGGACAGUCUUAUCAGGUCUGCCACUUCAACUGCCGUUUCCCUAUCCUGGUUACGCUGUUUCCUGCGGCUGGACAGACCACCAUUCCAACGCAAGACUUUAUUUAUCGGACAACUUCCUUAUUUGAACAACAAAACGCAAUGGCGAGCAUCCUGCUGACCCCAUGCUGUUAGAAAAGGUUCUACGAGCCCUUCGAGACUGGUUGUGUUUCUGCUCAGUCUAAUGUUUCAGGUAAUCAUUUGGGUUUUGUAUAAAUUUAGAGUGGUGCUUAAAGGAAUCGCUACGGGAACCCUGCCUUACCCCCCCCCCCCCCCCCCCCCCCCCAAACACUGUUCUAGUCCUGUCCACCACCCCAUACUGAAGCCGAUGCCCAUGGCAGUCCUGUUGACCGCCUGUCUGCCCAACCAGCACACACUGAACACACACUCAUAUAGCCUCAACAACACACCCCUCACAACACACACUGGGAAAUGCAAAAAAUAAUAAGAAAAAGAGGGGAAAAAACACAAAACUACUGGGCGAUAGUCACUCUUUUGCUUUUGGUCUGUUCUGUUCUAUAUGUUUGUUGGUGGGUAAUUCCUUUUCUAAUGUUAACGAAUCUUGUACUGUGAAUGGGAGGUCUUCUCAUACUGUGUAAUUGUGCAUAAUUUAGUGUAUUUAUCUUUUGAGUCUCUUCCCAAGCAAAGGUGAUGGUGUGUGUGUGUGUGCGCGAGUGUAUAUGUUUAUCUUAUGUUUUUCUGUUUGUUUGUUUUGUUUGUUUUUAAUCUAUUGAUAAGAGUAUAAUUGUGUAGAAUGCAAUAGAUUGUUUAAAAAAAAAAGUGCGUGCUUGACUCACAGUCUGAAAAGAAAACUGAAAAACAACAACUAAGAUGGUGCUACAAUCUGUACAACUCUGGACUGUGCCUAUUUAUAUGAAGAACAUCAGUAAUAAUAAUUAUCGAUUCUUGGUGCUUCUUUUUCACAGGGAUGAAGCGGAGGCCGCUUUAUGGCUCUCCGGUGUUUUGUUUUUUUUGUUGUUUUUUUUGUUUUUUUUUUGGUUGUUUGUUUUCUAUUUAUAAUGUAAUGACAUUUCCUUAAGCGCGUAGUGUGAGAGUCCCUGCACGUUUCGAUAAACUUAGUUGCGAUGUUGUUUGGCACAGAGUAUAUAUGUACAUAUAUACAGUAUUUUGGCAUAUAGCUAAACACCCGUUAUGUUUUGUUUUGUUCUUGUUAAGACGUGUUUUUUGUUUUGCAUUCAGGAUAAUGUGCAAGUGCAUGUGACGUCAGCGGGUGUCUGUAGAGCUUUCUCUAGGUGUAGAGAGACGUUAUACAGCCAGAAGGUUGGCAGGCUUAGUACACAGAACCAGAAUGGUUUCUUUGGUGCUGAACUCUUAAGGUGUGACCCUUCACCUUUUAACCUUUUGACCCUUCUCAUUUAUUGGUGCUGUAAAAGUCGUUAGUCAGUCAGCGCUGUGCGGCUCUCUGGGAAGCGGACCCCCACGGGGUCAUCAUGUACAUGGAUAAAUCCUACUUCACCUGGUGCUGCACAGUUGUGCCUCGCAGGUCUUCGUUGUGCACAGUUCUCCCGCCAUCAUCAUUAUGGUGCUUGCGCAGUCACGCGCCUUAGCAGGGCUCCUCGUUUCUCACAUCCCUCUGAGCCUGGUCACAUCUCCCAUGCCUCAGAAAGCUCCCUCUCUCACACAGCUGUGGGAACGCUAAGCUCUUCGCCUUACUGCUGCUGGAGAGCGAGAUAGCGUGAGCGAGCUUAAAGUCAACAACUAAUUGUGGUGCUGCUUGACCUGCUGGAAUCAAAAACACCAGUGAUAGCUGGCGCAUCUGAUACCAAAACCCGCCUCUCUGACCUUUAAAACUUUCAGCGCCUCGGUGUUGGUGCCACAUCAUUAGUGAAUGAUCUUAAAAUGUGAGCUGUCAUAGAAAUACUAGCACACAGACUUUGGACUGUUUCUCCCAUCAGUGUAGCUAUCUGUGGGCCACUCAACUUUCUCUGCACAAUCGUUUCCAUCAUCAGGUUUUUUUGGUUUGGAUUUCUGUUCUUUCCAGUUCUUUUUCUCUUCUCUUCUCUUGUACACGUUCAGGGAGAGUUCGGACUCACCUCAGAUUUACAGUCUGAAUGCUGUGGGGUAGGACACACUUUUUUUUUUUUUUUUUUUUUUUUUUUAGCUAAUCAGAGAUGUUUCCUGAGCCUUUCUGUCUCUGCAUCUCCCACAAAACGAGGACACACAAUGACAACAGGAACAACACACACACACCCAUGCUGUGGACCAGAGAAGCGAGUCCUUCAUUACCAGCACUGAAAGGGUUUUUAUGUUUAUGGGUUUUUCUGUUUGUUUAUGAAUUGUUGUUAUUGUAAUUGUUACAACUUUGAUUUUACUCGUGUUUGAUAUAAUUGCAAAUGGUGAUGCUUUUAAUAAGACUUAUUAAGAGAUCCAGAUGGUUUUAAUACUCUUUAGACAGUAAGGUGCUCUCCUACACUUAAAACAAGGAAAAAUGCAGCUAUGAACAUAAUGAACGCCCUCUGCUGUGCUACAGAGGUGCAACUGUCUAAUAAACUUCAGUUUAAACCUGG